CCCUCUCUGGCAAUGGGGCAAAUCCGUGGAUUUCUAAGGCGGAAGGUCAGGGUCGAUCUCGGUACCCUGGUCAGGAGAGCCUGGCUGGAUAGAAGUGAAGAUGGGGAACAGCAGGAGCUGCUCAGGGCAGACUUCCUACUCACAGUUCCUACCAGAGGAGCAGGCUGAGAUGGACGGGUUAUUUGAUGAGCUCUCGGCAGCAGAGAAGAUCAGGUCGAACACCUUGACUCCAUUCUUCUCCCUGACAACGCUGAAGGCAAGAAGACCCUUCAACACUUUAUGUUUCCUCUAGAGCAGGGCUCUGUGCUGGCCUCCGGACCACAGUUAGCCAGCCUGUUUUUGUGAAAUGGUUGUAUGGGAACACCCUGGGGUUUAAUGGGAACAUCCCAGGUCUGUUCUCUGUAAAGGGCAGAUAGCACUUCACACUUUGGUUUUGUGGGUGCGUGGCCUCUCUCAUUGUGUUUGGGAGCUGUUCUAGUUUGAAAUAGACUUGGGGCAGCUCUCUUUUCCAUCGCUCAGCCCCUGGCUCACUUGAUGGCUCUCCCAGUGGGUGACACACUGCCCUUAGUGGCUCCCCGAGUCCUGGGUGUUAGGGGUGUGUGUGAUGUCAUCAGGUGAGAGUGAUGGCACAGGUAGGGACUUAGGAAAGGACAUGUAAGUUGGGCAGUGUGGGCAGCAGUGGGUAGGUGUGUGUGUGUGGGGGGGAGGGGGGUUGUGCUCCUCCUGUCACUUAUUUUCCAUGGCCCCACCACAUUCAACUCAUAUCCUGUUCAGCUGUUCCUCCUGUUUGUCCCUGACAGAGCCACCUUGGGGAAGCCCUUCCCCCAGAGAUGGUCACCAGACUAUACGAUGGCAUGUGCAGGGUGGUCCCAACAGGGAAGGCACAGAGGCCCAGCGGCGUUGUUUCCCGGGAGCAGUUCACUCUGUCCAUGUCCCACCUACUGAAGGGAAACUCUGAGGAGAAGAGCUUCCUGAUCCUGAAGAUGAUUUCUGCCACCGAAGGGUCUGUGAAAGCAAGAGAAGUGCAGAAGUUUGCAGAGGAUCUGGUUGGCUCUGUGGCACAUGUGCUAUGCCACAGGCAGGAGCUGAAAGGCUGGACUCAAGAUCAAGCCCCAGGCUUGGCCCCCCGGGUGCAGUCGCUGGCAGUGCAGCUGGUGUCUGAGCUGAAGCUUCAAGAUGGUGAGAAGCUCCUGGGCCCUCAGCGUCUGGACUGUGACUGUGACCGUGCAGGCCUGGAGGACUGGGUGUUUCGGGUGCCCCACGUGGCCACAUUUCUGAGCGUGAUCCUCCACCGAGGCUUUCUCCUCCAGCAGGUGCCCCUAGAGCUGGCUACCCUGGUCCCCCAGCGCCAGGUGGACCCAGACCGGGACUUUGCUAGCAUCCUGGAUGUGCUGUCAGUCAUCUUCAUCAACUCCCAGCUCCCCCGGGAGCAGCAGCACCGCUGGCGCCUGCUCUUUGCGUCUGAGCUCCACGGGCACAGCUUUGCUCAGCUUUGUGGGCGCAUAACUCAGCGGGGCCCCUGUGUAGUGCUCCUGGAGGACCACGAUGGCCAUGUCUUUGGGGGCUUUGCUUCCUGCUCCUGGGAGGUCAAGCCUCAGUUUCAAGGAGACAACCGGUGCUUCCUGUUCUCCCUGUCACCCUGUAUGGCCGUGCACACCCACACUGGCUACAAUGACCACUACAUGUACCUGAAUCAUGGGCAGCAGACCAUCCCCAAUGGACUGGGCAUGGGGGGACAACAUCAUUACUUUGGGCUGUGGAUUGAUGUGGAUUUCGGCAAAGGACACAGCAAGGCAAAGCCCACGUGCACCACCUAUAACAGUCCUCAGCUGUCAGCCAAGGAGAACUUCCAGUUUGAGAAAAUGGAGGUGUGGGCAGUUGGAGAUGCUCCUGAGGUGCAGCUGGCCAAGAACAACAAGAGCAUCCUGGAUGCAGACCCUGAAGCCCAGGCCCUGCUGGAAAUCAGUGGGCGGAGUCGCCACAGCGAAGCAUUCAGGGAAGCCCCAGAUGAAGAGUGAAGAGCCCCAUGCUGUCUGCCCGGACCUUCCCACAUCUGUGUGAACUGUAAACCCUUUUGCACCUCCAGGGGGCUCAGCUUUGACCAAGGGCUGCACAAAGCAACAGGCCUGAUGCCACAUGUGGACUAGUGGGUCUGUCUCCCAGAACUCCUGAGUGGCCAGUUAACAGCUUCAUCCUUACACACCUGUUUGUUUAGUAUCCAUGAAAUCUGAAGACAUGGAGCCAUUGGCAACCUCUGCUGUGGUUAUCAAUGGUUGGGGAUGUGUGUUCUUGUGCAGGAGGGGGUGCCAGCCUCUAGGGGGUGGGGGUGGGGGUGGGGGUGGAGGGGUUUCAUUCCAUUUUGGUGGGUCAAGGAUAGAGGCAUGUAGAUGUGAAUCUUGAUGCUUUUUAGAAGAGCUUCCUAGAGUUUUUUCAUGUUUAGUAGAAAAGCACAAACACUGGUGGGGGUGGGGGAGCGGGGGACAGCCUAGGCUUUUGGUGGCACCAGGACUCGUGGUGGCCUUUGUAGGUGUUUCUAAGUUUCUUUUUUUUUUUUUUUUUUUCCAGUUAUUGCUGGGGUUCAGUGCUGGCACUACAAAUCCACUACACCUGGAUGCCACUCCCCCGUUUUAUUGGAUAGAUCAGAGAGAAGUUGAGAGAGGAGGGGGAAAGAUAAGACAGUUGCAGACCUGCCCUGUGAAGCAACCUCCCUGCAGGUGGGGAGCCGGGGGCUCGAACCAGGGUCCUUAUGCAGGUGCUUACUCUGUGUACUAUGUGCACUUAUCCUGGUGUGCCGCCAGCCACCUGAGCCCCCAGUAUUUCUAAGUUUCCAUGGCAGCCUUAUUCAAGCUUUUUAAAGUGAACCUGUACUGUGAGCAGAUGAGAAGCUAGCAGCAGGAAGGCAGGAUUGUGGUUGUUACUGAAGUAAAUGUGGGGGCUACCUGGGGCCCCAUGAUUGAGAAUACUGACAUACACAUGAGCCUGACUUGUAGAUUUGUGGUGACUUGUCAGUACUGGCCUGGGUUCUAAACCCCUAGGCACCAGGCCCUUCCUGACGCUGAGCAGAGCUGCCAUUGCCCCUCUGAGAUACAAAUUCCAAACCCACUUCAUGAACCCCUUAAAGGAGCUGUGAGCUGGCCUGUGAGCCAUGUGCCUCUUCCCUUUGCCCUAUGCUGUACACUUUGAACCUUUGGUGCAUCUGACAAAGAAGUGCAGCCUUUCACUAGGGUUUGCCCUGAUUCAAAGCCAUAAGAAAUCGAGCCAUUUGCAUUUUGCAGCUCUUGCAUUUUUCUCCCAGGAGCUCAUCAAACUUUCCCACUUGGCAGUGCCCCUGACCAAGCAGAGACCUUGGAAAUGAGCCUUCAAAAGGAGAAUACACACUUAGAUGCAUCGAGGUGCCAUGGGUGACAAACACAAUCACACAAUGAGAAGUGAUCAGAUUUCCUUAUUUUUUUAAAGUUUUUUUUUUCCUCCAAGGUUAUUGCUGGGGCUCAGUGCCUGCACUACAAAUCUGCUCCUGGAGGCCAUUUCCCCCUUUUUGUUGUUGUAUAGGACAGAGAGAAAUCGUGAGAGGAGGGGGAGAUGGGGGUGAGAAAGACACCUGCAGACCUGUUUCACCACUUGGAAAGCGACCCCCCUGCAGGUGAGGAGCCAUGGACUUGAACCAGGAUCCUUACGCCAGUCCUUGUGCUUUGCACCAUGUGCACUUAACCCCCUGCGCUACUGCCCACCCCCAAAUUUCCUGAUUAAAAUAACCCAGUUUUUAAUAGCUUCUCAGGUGCCUUUUGCAAUCAGUAUCUUUUGUUCCUUUGAUACACUCCUAAUGAGAGUGACACCAGGGCUGUACCAUGACAAACUGACUUUUUUCAGAUAGAGUGAGACAGCACUAAAGCUCUCCCCAGUGUGGUGGGGGCUAGGCUCAGACCCGGGUCAUGUGUUUGGCAUAGGAGGCACACUGACCGGGACAGCUAUCUUACCUGCCCUUUGUUUCUUUUUGAAAAAAUAGCUUUUGGUCCCUUUUUUUUCCUUUAUGGUUUCCUUAUAAUUAAUUGAUUUGUGUUCUUUACUAGUUUUAUUUUGGUGAGUGUUCCUUUGCUGCUGUUGAAUGUUCUGUUCUUGAUUUUUUCUUUCGAUUUGAGAGAGAGAGAGAGAGAGAAAAAAAAUGAGAGACACUGCAGCACUGCUUUACGGUUCACGGAGCUCCCCUGCUGCCAUGCACAGUGCCCCCAUGUGGUGGUGGGGUCUCCAGCCUGGGACCUUGCACAUGGCAAAGUAUGUGUUCUACUCGGUAAGUCAUGUCCUUUCUCAUGUCUUGUACUUUGACUUAAAAAAAGAUUUAAUGAGAGAAAGAGGGGAACAUCACUUAGGUCUAUUUGGUGCUAGGGCUUGAAUUUAGGACUUCGCUCAUUUGAGUCCCAGUUGACCUGUGUCACCUUCCCAGCCACAAAUGGAGUCUCUUAUAAAUGUGAGUGAAACUA